GGUCUUUCUAGCACGCUGUUGUCUUCUCUGAUCCUAUUUCUUGGCUUCUCCCAUUACACGCUCUCGUCAAUACUACCGCUUGACGACUACUCGCAAUGAAUCCUCACCAGCAGAAUAAAGUUGACACCAGCUCUCUGAGCCCAGAUGAGCAACGGCUCCUGCGCAUGUACGGCAAGAUGCCGAACAAGAAGGACCUCCUUCAGAACAAGUUGAAGGAGCGCAAAUACUUCGACUCCGGUGAUUAUGCCUUGAGCAAAGCCGGCAAAGCCUCCGACGUCGGCGUCACCAACAUCGGCUCCCAGCAUCCUGUCCCCGAGAACAUCCCCCAUUUGACCGCCACCUCGCCCGGUGCCAACAAUCCCGCGGCGACCAGCAACGGUUCGUGUACCAGUGCCCAAGGACAGCAGAUCCCUGGCAGCAUUAGCGGUCAUCCGGGCUCCGUGGGAUUCCAGAGCAGAAGCCCCGCCAAGGAGGGCAGCUAUCUGCAGCGUGAGACGAGCGCCGAAGGAUUUGAGGGUGAUACCAAGGACAAAGACGCAGAAGAUCCUAGUGUGAGCCCGCCGCCUGCUCGUGGUGGCGUUCCGAUUCGACGAUAGCGAGUCCAAGAAACCUUCCCAAAAAAAAAUAACCUUCUCCUAUUUCAUCUUGUUGUGUGUUGACGUUUUUGUUUUUUUCUUUCAUUGUGGGAGUCUUCUUCUGUUCCCUUCUCUUCUGUUGUUUCUUCGCUUCUAUUCUCACUUCUAUCUCGCUUCCUCUUAUCUCGUUUCUCUUCUCGUUUCUUCUCGCUUUUCCUUCCGAUCUGUGAAUUUUGUCUUGCCGCUUCAUCCG